AUGUUCAAAAGAAUCUUAUUGGCCACUCUUCUUAUUGUAUCGGUUGCUGUGAUCGUGACUGGUCUAGAUCCAACCAGACCUGUCAAUGAUCCUGUUUUGAUUAAAUUAAUCAACAACAGUCCAAAGGUUUUUUGGAAAGCCACUCACUAUCCACAAUUUGAAAAUAUGAGUGUGGAAGAUUUCAGAAAGCGAUUGGGAGCUGUUUUGAUUCAACCAGGAACCGAUGACAUGAUCACUGAAAGACAUAAACAAUCCACACCAACCACCUACACUGCUGCUGCACCAGCAAGCUUUGACUCCAGAGCUAAAUGGCCAAAAUGUAUUCAUGAAAUUAGAGAUCAAGAACAAUGUGGUUCAUGUUGGGCUUUCUCUGCCUCUGAAGUAUUGAGUGAUCGAUUAUGUAUUGCCACUGAUGGUAAAACAGAUCUUGUUCUUUCACCUCAAUACAUGGUUUCAUGUGAUACUAGAAAUUAUGGAUGCGACGGAGGAUAUUUGAGUCUUGCAUGGAACUUUUUGGUCAAGACUGGUAUUCCAAGUGAUUCAUGUGUUCCCUAUACUUCUGGUAAUGGUAAAAGUAAUGGUAAAUGUCCAUCCAAAUGUUCCAAAGGUCAAGACAUUACCUUGUACAAGGCCAAAUCAUCCAAGAAGGUUGUAGGUGUGGCCAACGCUGAGAAUGAAUUGGUUGAAUAUGGACCUAUUCAAACUGGUUUCACAGUUUAUCGUGAUUUUAUGAGUUACAAAUCUGGAGUGUAUCAUCAUGUCUCUGGGGAGUCAUUGGGUGGUCAUGCUGUCAAGAUUGUUGGUUAUGGAGUUGAUUCAGUGAGUAACAAGAAGUAUUGGAUUGUUGCCAACUCGUGGGGAACUGGUUGGGGCAUGAAUGGUUAUUUCUGGAUUUUGAAGGGAACUGAUGAAUGUGGAUUCGAAAGUGAAAUGUAUACAGGAUAUGCUUAA